AUGAAGCUUCUUUUCCCUAUCUUUGCCAGCCUCAUGCUACAGUACCAGGUGAAUGCAGAAUUUUUGAGAUUGAGAAAAUGUUUGUUUGAUUUUGGGAAAUGCAGAGACAGCUGCCACAAAGAUGAAAGAGAAAUACAUACUUGCAAGAACAAGAAAUGCUGCCUUGGACCAAAAGUGAUUCAACUGAUAAAAAGCUACCUGCGAAAUGAAAUACCCCACAUACCUGAUGAAGACAUUAUAGAAAUGCUAAGAAUGGAAAGGAAUCCUACUUUUGUGACACAAAGAAACUAUAUGUUCACUGUUCUUUCCAAAACCAAAAGCGCCAGUCCUUCCCCCAAUAUCAACUCUGGCAUCGUCCUAAAUGCCUCCCCUGUAAAGCUUGUCACCAUCAGCACCAGCACCCCAAGUCAUAGCGUACACACUUCUACCAAGAGCAACAUCAAACCAAACAGACACUCUGCCAAUACUCUCCCCCAGCCACCACAUGGACCACCAUAG